CCUCAGAAAGCCUAGCUCAGGGGCGCCUCGGCGGCCAGGGAUGCUUCGGAGAGGCUGUAAAGCCCCCGAAAGGCGAAGACACUUGAAUGAUAGCCUCAGCUGGCAGCAAGACCAAGCGCUGAGUAGCAGCAUCUAUCUCUUGCGACAGAUCGGCCCCAUCGGCUUUCUACUAAGGGAGGAGGAGCCAGAAAAGGGGGAUUUCCGAGUUUUGCUAGGGAACCCUCAUGAAUGCAACUGCCCGGAGUUUCUGAAGAGGGGGGAACUGUGUAAGCACAUAUGCUGGGUGUUGUUGAAAAAAUUCAAGCUUCCAAGGAAUCAUGAAUCUGCUUUCCAGCUGGGUCUUGUGGAAGGAGAAAUCAAUGACUUGCUGCGGGGGGUACAUCAGGUUCAAAGUCCCAAGUUUGGAGCAGGUGGCAAGAGUGCACAUGUGGAAGAAGAUGGCUGCCUUAAACAGAAGGACAUCACUGCAGAGGACAUCUGCCCUAUUUGUCAAGAGGUGCUGCUGGAGAAAAAACUCCCUGUCACCUUCUGCAGAUUUGGCUGCGGCAAUAACGUUCAUAUAAAAUGCAUGAAGAUCUUGUCUAGUUAUCAAGCUACAGUGUCUAACAGCUCCAUAGUGAAAUGCCCGCUGUGUAGGGAGGAGUUUGCACCAUUGAGAAUUAUCUUGGAGGAAUUCCGAAACUCUAACAAGCUUAUGACCUCAUCUGAGAGAGAACGACUAGACAAGCACCUCGGAAUUCCCUGUAAUAACUGCAAACAAAUGCCGAUUGAGGGGAGGUGCUACAAGUGCACUGAGUGUGUAGAGUAUCACUUAUGCCAGGAAUGCUUUGACAGCUGCUGCCAUCUUGCCCACACCUUUGCAUUUCGUGAGAAGAGAAACCAAAGAUGGAGAUCAGUAGAAAAAAGAUCAGAUGUUGUAAAAUAUUUAGAUAGUAAAAAUGAGGAAGAAGCAAACACUCCAUAUCUUCAAGAAAAACAAGGUCAGUUUUGCACACCAAAGCACGCUAUAAAGGCUCUGCCUCUCCUGCUGAUAACAAAGAACAGCAAGCUGCUUGCUCCGGGGUACCAGUGUCGACUUUGUUUGAAGUCAUUUUGCCUUGGUCAGUAUACGAGACUGCUACCGUGCACUCACAAGUUUCACAGGAAAUGUAUUGAUAAUUGGUUAUUCCACAAGUGCAAUGCAUGCCCUAUUGACAGACAAGUCAUAUACAACCCUCUGAUUUGGAAAGGCACCACCUUGGAUGGACAAACACGUCAGUUGACUUCAAACAAAGAUAUCACCCAUUUGUCAAAGCAGCAAGAGCCAAAACUUUUUAUCCCUGGUACUGGGUUAGUUUUAAAACAAAAUAGAACUGGAAUUUUACCUAGCAUUCCUCAGUGUAAUUCUAAGACAUUGACCACAUUUCAAAAUCCAUCAGACAACUAUCAGAAUAUAACAAUAGAUGACCUAUGUUCAGUCAAAUUAGAUAAUUCAGAUUCAAGAAAAUUAGCCUAUGGAUAUAAAGUUAGUCAACAUUUCCCCCAAUAUCUACAGGAUCCAUCCACUGGAUCAUUUGGGAAAACACCAUCUCAAACAUUUCUUCCCUCCCUUGUUCCCAAGAGUAUUAUUUGUCUUCCUGGAAGGGAAAGCCUACAAGUCUAUGACAAAUACCACACUUGUCAGAGUCAAAAGACAACCAAAGGUUGUGAACAUGUGAGUUAUAAUGGAAAAAAAUCUCUCAGUGCUAAAGAAAGACAAGACAAGAGAUCAAGUACCUUACCUACAGAAGGUUUCAAUCUUCCUGUCAACUGGGGGACAGCAAAGCUUAGUUUGUCUAAAAGACACCACAAUUCCACAGGGAAAGUUAGAAAAAAAUGGAAUCGUCUAUCCAGGCAACCUGCACACCCCCCUUCACAAACACAAAGUACUGCUCUGUCUUUAAUAAUGGAAGGAAUUCAAUUAUGAAAAAAGGCCUUUUUAUCACAUCAGAAAUUUUUGAAUAUUUAAUAUGCAAAAUAUUUUACUUGUAGAACGUAAGAAUUGAUGUACUCUCUUGACAGAUAUAUAUAAAAUAAUCUAUUGUCAUUUUUGCCUGUCUGUCUCUGAACACGUUACUAAGCUUACAGAGGUCAUCUUGCUACAUGGGAGACUAAGGAAUAUGUAUUUUAAUGAGAAUACUCAAGAAGAUGUUAUGAAUUGUGAAUAAGCAAUGGAGCAUUCAUAUCUUAUUUUAUGCUUACUAAUUUUUUUCAAUAAGGAAAUAUAUUUCUCCCUGCUUUGAGUCACUGCUGUAAACAAUGGAUAACAUUCAAUGCAGGGUUACUUCUGGGGAGCUACAUAGAUUUCUCAUUUUUCUUGCCCGAGCAAUCACUGCAAACCUAUAAAAAAUUCUAAUAGUGAUUUUUAUUAUGUUUCCUUAAAUAAGUCUUAUUACAUAUGAAAUGAAAUAUAAUGCAAUACAUAAUACAAUAAGCUAUGGCAUAUUUAUAGUGGUUUUGCUAUUUUUCUUUUAAGGAAUAUGUAUUAUAUGAUUUCUUUUUAAAACUGAGCUAUUUUAAAAUAAUCAGUGCUUCUGAAAAGGAUAACUUUUAGAUACUUAUUUUAUUUUAUUUUUUGUUUUUUUAUAUAAAGUUUAUUGUUAUUUCCAGGUCUGCAAAGAAUUGUGUGGGUAUUUUGAUGGGGAUUGCUUUUGUCAAGAUUGUCAAUCUUACUAUGUUGAUCCUACCUAUGCAAGAGCAUGGGA